UGUUUUUUUCGGCUUUUUUUCGGGUGAACUGAAAUGAUGUUGACUCAACGUGCCAGCAGCCAGCCAGGCGCUAACGGUAACAGCGGCAGCAACAACGAGAACAACAACAACUACAGCAACAACCUGACAACGAGACAACAACUGCGCUGUAGUUGUGGAAUUCGCAGUGGCUAAUAAGUGUGUUUUCCACGCUGCUUGGCAAAUAACUAACGCAAAAUUACACAAAUUGUGUGCGAAAAAUUAAAUGUUGAAGACAACAACAACAACCAACAACCGCAACAACUACAGCAACAAUCGAAUAACAACAACAACAAUGCAUAGUUCCUGCUGAGUAGCUUUUUUGUAUAAUCGAAUGAGUGUCCUUUUGUGUAUGUUUGUAUGAGAUCCAAAUCCAAGGUAAACCAAGAUGAAAUCCAAUCGAGCAACAGCAACAACAACUACCGCAGCAACAACUAAACACUGCCGCCUACAAACAAUAAGUUAACAACAACAACAGCUGAGAGGAAUAGAAAACCCCUGAAGACAGGAAGAAAGCUAAAAAGACGAUGGAAAGUGGCCAACCCUUGUAGCUAGCUUGAAUUUCCCUUAGGAAAAGGAACAACCAAGAAAACAACCCAAAGGAACAACCCACGCAACAACAACCAACCACAACGAACAACAACAGCCCACAAAAUAAAACUAUAGCAAAAGUUUAAGGUAAUCACAUACAAGAACAACAAUCUACAGAACAAUCUCCAGAAAUACCAACUAACAACAACUGCCAAGUAUAACAAUCUUCAACAACAAUUGACAACGAUAUCCAACAACAAACGAAACAAACAAAACAACCAAAACUUACAACAUUAGUGCAGAAAGUAAGAGUUUUUAUACAAUCAGUUCUCCCAGAAAAACCUUUGACAACAUCUAAAUUAUAAACUUAACAUUACAACAAUAACUACAGAAAAUCAACAACUUCGACAACGAAAAGGUUAACAACUAGCUGUUAUAGGAAUACAGAAACCUUCCCGGCAUUUGCUAAAACGUAAAAAACAUUCCAAAAACUAAAACAAUGUGCUUACCAAAAUCAUCAAUAUUAAAUCUAUAGGCUUAGUUCAUAUGAAUGGCAAACAACUAACGAAAACUCGCACAUUUUAAAAACAACUAAGAAUGCUUAACUUUUAAUUAAUGUUGUGGGCUACGCAAAACGACAGUAUCUUAGAUCUACGGCUUCCAUAAGUUUACUUAAACCAAGUUAACGAGAGUGUUAAUAUAUAUGCAUAACCAAAAUACCUACAAAAUACGCUAAUCAUUUCACGUAAAAUCACAAAUUUGUACAAGUAUUUAUAUGUUUAGCAAAAAUUCACAAAACGCACAAAUCCAUUAACGAUAAUUAAUGUUGGGCCUACAACAAAUAUUAACAAACUAACAAGUAGUGUUAUAAACGAUUUGAGAAGACAAAUUAUGAAAAGUAAAUUGAUUAUAAUUUAACAACUAUACAAUUUUUGGUAAAAUAAAAAUUUACUAAAAAUAUACCAAACAUUUGAUAAGACAGCAAAGAUAUUCAACAAUCAUUUUAAACAACUCACCAAUUAUUCAACAACGAACCACCAUUGCAAAUCUAGCAGAUUCUACAAGAUGGAUUGUAUAUCUCAUUGACUAAGAGAGACCCCCGAUAGUAAUUAAAUAGUAAACUAUUUGUUGCGGCACAGCGAAUAGAGUAAUGGAAACUAUAAUAAGCUAACAAAGAGAUUUCACCAAUCAGUUUCAACAAGUCCACAUAGCAAUUGCACAAGAAAUCCAGCGGAUUGUUCAAGAUGGAGCGCAUGUGGCGAAAAGUGAAUCACAGUUUGCGCAACACAUCCAAAUCACAGUCACAGCAGCCGUCAGGUGGCGAGGCAAUCGCCGGUGGUGGUGCCGGCACAGGAGCCACUGCAGCCACACCCCAAUCCACGGAUACGAUUAGUUCGGCGGGUGGCUUUGGCGAUGGUCAGCUGGUGGUCGCCGUGCAGGGAUUGCCCAGCGGUGGUGGCGGAUCAGGAAUUGGCGCCACCGGCGGCAGCAAUGCCACGGGCAGACGCCUGGCCAGCAGUGGCGGCGGUUGCAACAAGUCCCUGAGCCAGCAUGUCCUGCAGACACGUACCGCAUCCUCGGAGCGCCGCAGACGACGCAGGCGGAAGAGUCGACCUCGACGCGGAGGCGGAAUGGGAGCAGUCACCAGUUGCGUCGGGGAUCCCGGCGGCGAUAAUAUGUCUUCCUCGGGCGGCUUCUACACCCUGAAGGAGCACCAGCACUAUCGCCCCAGUCACCAUCAUGGCGGGGGCGUUUCCGGCGGAGGAGGCGGCUCCUCGCGGCGUCUGUUCGCCACUUCGGCGCCCAGCGGCACGGUGAUGAUGUACCCGAAUCCCCAGCGCGCCGCGGCCCUGGGACCAUCUGGAGGAUCUGGUGCCGGACAGGCAUCCACUUCGGCGGGAGGAGGAGGAGGUGGAGCUGGAGGAGGAGCGGCCGGAUCUGGAGCUGGAGGACCGCCGGACAUCUCGCUGCGACAGCGGGCGGUGGCCAAGUUGCGCAUGUUCAACUUCCACCUCAACUGGGAUCUGCACAUGACGCACUGCAAGCCCUGCGGCCCUCGUUUGAGCAGCAGUGGCGGCAACAUAAUCACCCGCCGCCUUUGCCGCAAUCGUCGGCGGGAGGACAACGAACUGUACCGCUCCAACAGCUUCAAGUUUGAGCGUUUCGAGCGGAAGGAGUGCCUGGAGGAGCUCUCCAACACGUUGCAGAAGCAGAUUGCCAUCUGUGAUGAUUACAGCCUGCCCGUAGACUUUGUUAAAAAACGACCGUCCAGCUUCGAUCCGUGCCUGGCGGAGGCGAUACCAGCGAAUCCCGAGCACUGGAUAGCCCCCAGUCCGCAGACAGAGUUUCAGCUGCCAUUUGGCGAAGCCCAACAAGCGUUGCAGCUACCACCAGCAGCAGCAGCAGCAGCAGCAGCAGCAACAACAUCAGCAGCAGCAACAGCAGCGGCAGCAGCCCCGCAACUACCGCCCCCGCUGCCCGCCCCCGUGGCCACUUUGCCCAGUCAGGCGGCAACGGCAGCAGCAGCAGCAACAGCUGCAAUUUUGGCCACCCACCAGCAGCAGCAGCAGCAACAUCAGCAGCAGCAGCAGCAACAUCAGCACUUGAGCAGCAACAUUAACAACAACAACGGCGGCAACACACACAGCCAGCCGAGUACGCACAACAACAACAACAACACAUUGCCAGUAGGGGCACAGCAGCAACAUCAGCAGCCGCAGCAGCAGCAGCAACAGCAGCGUGCAACACUGCAACAUCCGCCGCUGCCCAACAGCAACAUCAAGCAGGCAUCGGUGAAACUGAUCGAGGGCUAUUCAGAUCCCAAGGAUACGCGCAAUCACAAGAAGGUCUACCACAAAAAGGCCAAGAAACGAUCAGGGCCGGGCCACAAGCGACACCAGCAGCACCAGCAGCAGCAGCAGCAGCAACAGUUGCAGUUGCAGCAGCAACAGACAUUGCCAACGCCGCGCAGUGCCCAGCAGCAACAGCAGCAGCAGCAACUGCAACAGCGACACUCCACCUACAACAACAACAACGGCAACUUGAGGAAGGACAAACGCAACAGCCAAUAUAAUUCAGACUCCUCAGCGCCAAAGUCCUCCGACGACGAGGCGGACAUCGACGAGGAGGUUGAGCAGCAGCCUCUGCCCGUGCCACAACCUUCUGCCCAGACUGCUCCACUAACGGCGGCGGGUCUCAACUCUCCGGACUCCAUAUCCGAUGACCUGGUGCGUCCGCUUCCACCGCAACUCCAGCGCAGUCCGCGCAAACUGACCGUCGCUCCGGCGGACAAUAAGCGCCAGCCCUCGCCCUACUACUACUCCGAUCUCCUCAAGAGUCGCGACAAGGACAAGGACAAGGAUAAGGACAAGGAGCGCGACAAGGACAGGGAGGACUUUAAGCUCAAGUGCCGCCAGUCGACGGCCAGUGAACCGCCGCAGUCCACUCAAAGUCAAUUGGGUGGCUAUCGCAAGAGCUCCAGCUUGGAUGUGCCGCCGGCGGCGGAGGAGCAGCCGGAAGCCGAGAGCCACGAGGAGGAGGAUCCCAGGGCGGGACAGGACUCGCAGUCCACCCCGAAGCGGUACAGUUUCACCGAGGAGGGUGUGCACAUCAUACGCUGCGAGACUCCCAGCACCAGCACUUCGGAGGAGUCCGAUUGCAGUGAGUGCCUCAAGCGGCGCGAGUGGCACGCCCGGGCCUUGGCCCUAGUGCGCAAGACCUGCAACGUUCAGCCGAGGAACCAGAGCCAGAUCCCCAUUCAGAACCAGAGCCAGGGACAGAAUCCCACUGGCAGCGAGCUUCAGCUGCAGCUGCAGCACUGCGACGCCGGCGAGGGCGAGCUGCUCAAGUGCUGUCCACCGCCACCGGCUCCAGCGGAGAUCCAGGUCCAGGUCCAGCCGAUGCCACCGCACCGCCUGCUGGGACCAGCAGCCGUGUGCGGAGCCUGCAUCACAUCCGCUCCUGCCUCCUCCUCCUUGGCCGGCGGACGGGGCAGCGAGCCCGGCGAUGAUCUGGAGGAGGAGUACUUCCGGCCGCGCAGCAUCUUCUAUGUGCAUCCGCAUGGCGUCCACGAGUGCGCCGAGUGCGUUCAGCCAGCUCAGCUAUCUCAGCCAUCGAUUGCGACUGCGACAGCGACUGGCCAACCGUCGACGCUGAGCAAUCCAUCGCUCGAUCUCUACGGCGACGACGAGGACGAAGUGGACGGCGACGAGGACGAGGACGAAGAGGACGACUCCGAGGACAUCAUGGGCAGCCGGCGGCGGCAGAUCUACGAGACGGCCUUCGACUGCAAGAUAGCCAAGUCGGACGACGACCUGGACGAGGUGGAUCGCAUCACCAACUGCUCGGUGCUGCUGCAGUUGAGCAAUGGCAAUGGCGGCGGUGCUGGCACUGGCCCUGGCUCUGGUGACAUGGGCAAGGUCAUCACCGGCCCCACCUCGAAGACGCGGGCGGAGUGCAAGCGGGCCAAGAACUCGAAGAAUCAGGCACUGCAGGAGCAGACGGGCGAGGCCCAUGUCCAGGUGCAUCAGGUGCAGGCCGAGCUGGGCAAGCUGCAGCUCAGCCAGGUGGACCAGCAGAAUCAGAAUCAGAACCAGGCGACCGCCAACGCCGCCACCACCACCAACACCACCACCGUCGUCGUGGGCAGUGGAGUAAGUGCGUCCAGCACCCAACAGCUGCCGGUGCGCGGCUAUACCCCAUCGCCGCCGUCGACGGCGCCGCUGCCGAUGAAAUUCCCGGGCAAGCAUGAGCGCUACCUGAACAUGAACAGCAUACGGAGUGCGCCCAACCUGCCCGCCGCCAAUCCAGCGCAUCCCCGCCUGCGGGACCUCCGCCUGCCCAUCCAGUCCAUGCGGCACCAGUGCGGCGGCAGCAGCAACGACAACAGUCUCACCGACAGCGCCUACGUGAAUCCGCCCUCGACCAACUCGAAUUCGAACGCGGCCUCGGGCUCGGCCUCCGCAUCCGUGUCUGCCACGGGAUCCGCAGCCGCCCGCAGGCCGCGAUCCUUUGUCCUGGAAUCGGGCCGCGUUCUGGAGCUGCGACGCAGUGCCCAGGGUCAUCAUCAGGGUGGCCCGUCGAGCCAUCAUCACCACCAUCAUCAUCAUCAUGGCGGGGCUGGGAGCCGGAGCAGGAAUCGCCAGGGGCAGGGACAAACGGCAGGCGGCGGCGGAGGAGGAGCUGGAGCUGGGGGUCACAACUACAGCAGCACGGAGAGCAUUGCCACCUCGAGCAGUGGCGGCAGCAUGGAGUCCCUGCGCUCCAGCACCAGUGAGGGCAAUCGCAGCACCUCCAGCUCCGAGUCCCGGCACUCUAGCUCUCUAAGCUCGCACAGUUCGGAGAGUGGAAGCGGUGGCAGUGGUGGCUCCAGCGUGGCCUAUCCCCUGCGGCCGGCGCCCCUGCUGCUGCACUCCAAGCUGCACAUCCUCAGUCCCAUCUCCGACAAGUCCUCGCAGGAACCGGCCUCCGCCAGUGCCUCGGAGCAGUCACAGCAGCCGUCCCAGGCGCCGAUGGCGGCGCAAGAGGAGGAUUCCACUGGUGCCCCGGCAGGCGCCGUCCAGGUGAAUGCCUCCCUGAAGCAGCCACGCAGUCGUGGUGGAGCCCCCAACAAGGCUCUGCUCCAGCUGGCCGAUGAGCUCCUGGGCUCCGACAGUGGGAUAUCGUUGCACUCCCGGGAGGAGGGCAAGCCCCAAGCCUUGGCGCUGCAGCGUCUAACGCUGCCCAAGCUGCAGUUGAUCGGAGCCGAGGGCUCCAGCUCGGGGGCAGGCAACUCGGCAGCGGGUGGCAGCACGGCCGGAGGAUCGGUCUCUGUGUCGGGUUCGGGCUCAGGGGUAGCCGGCUCUGGGUCAGCUGGCAUCCCGCAGGAUCUGCGCGAUCUGCCCUUCGACAUGCCCAAGCUGAGGCGCCGCAAGACGCUGCAGCAGGAGGCCGCCUGCACCUCGGGCAGUGCCACCUCCGUGGACCUCGGCGAGCUGCCCUUCGACAUGCCCAAGCUGCGGCGGCGCCUGCGGGCCAACCAGGCCGAGAUCAACAACCUGCUGAUGCACAGCACCGAGUCCAGCGGCAUCUCGCAGGCCUCCUCCAGCCACUCGAUGCGCGACGACCAGAAGUUGGCCAGCAAGUUGGAUACAGCCCUUUUCCGGCAGAACCUCACCCUCAACCUGAACGAGUCGCGGCAGGCCACCAAGCAGUUCGGCAGCCUGGAUCUGAGGGGUCUCAAUAGCAACAAGGAGCUGAACCUCAGCCAGGGAUAUGUCACCGCUGUGGACCUCAUCGAUGUCACCAUUCCGCUGGAGCGGCAGGGUUGGUACCAUGGCGCCAUCACGCGAGUGGAGGCGGAGACCACGCUGCGUCCUCUCUCCGAGGGAUCCUUCCUGGUGCGCAACUGCGAGUCCACCAAGCAGGACUACUCCCUGUCCCUCAAGGGCGCCAAGGGCUUCAUGCAUAUGCGGAUCCAGCGCAACGAGACCGGCCAGUACAUCCUGGGCCAGUUCAGCCGCCCCUUCGAGACGGUGCCCGAGAUGAUCCGUCACUUUUGCCUCAACCGGCUGCCAGUUCGCGGAGCCGAGCACAUGUGUCUCAUCGAGCCGGUCAUCGCCCAGCUGCUCUAGGCAGGAGCCAGGCGGUCUGGGGAGGUGGAAGGAUAACCCAGGAAAGAAACUCGAGGAAAGAUCCAAGAGCUCUGAGGAGUUGGACGGACAACCAGGAUGGAGAAACUCCAAGAACUCCGAGGAUCAGAAGGAUAACCAGGAGGGGAACCUCUAGGGAGGAGAGGGAACCAAACAGAAUUACAUAUUAAUAGCCUGUAGAGGACUUAGGAACCUAUGUGAACACAUGUGUAUGCACUAGUUAUAUACGCGAUAGUUGGUAAACGGAAGGAUGGCAAUUUUUUUCAUGUUUUUUUUUUGUGUGGCCUCGAAUUUUUUAUGUCGGUCAACCAAAGAUACACCCACACUCACUCUGACACACGAACUAGUUUAGCGUUUAAAGUACGUAGCACAUUCAGACAAUACCAGCAAGUUACAAAAACCAGAAAACAACAAAACCAAAACCCAAAAAAAAUACCAAACAAACGAUAUUUAUAUAGAAGGCAUAUAUACAAGCAAGGCGAUAUAUACAAUACGAUAUGUAUAACUUUAUAUAUGGAUAUGGAUAGCAAGAGCACGGCCCGCAAGCUGCUGGAGAUUAGAGUUACAGAGGCAGGAGGCAGCCCUUUUUAGAUGUGUUUACACCGAACCGAGCGAGGAUUUCGAGGGGGCAACUUUUGGAAUUCCGUUUGGCCAGAGAUUUGCGGUAGAACCACACACACAUAGCGAUUAUAUAAGGUCGAAACUUUGCAACUUUUCGUAGCACUCACACACACACACUCACACACUACAAAACUGGCCCACUGGCAGCAGCCAUUAGCCCACGAUUAUUCAGAUACUUAUGCCAUUACCCACAAGCCCUAAAUCAUUUUUGGCGACUGCCAGUGGGCCCUCGCUUAGGGCACGUUCACACUAAGGCAGACGUUUUAGCAGGCAACUCUAAAAAUUUGUUGAUUAAUUUUAUGUUACCAAAACAAAGAAAACGAGCAAAAAAAUAAGCAUAAUCUAUAUGAAUGAGAACUAACUUUAGCAGGCGGCGAUGUCAGUUUUUUUUGUCUUAGCUGUAGGUCAGAGGUACGCGAAGUAGAACGCUCAAAGCGCUUUUGGUUAAAGGAUCGAAUCGGAUACGAUAGGAUAGGAUGUGAGGAUCGAUUGAUUGCCGCGGAUGGUUGGUGAGGAGGCAAGGAUAUAGCAACGCAUAUGAAAUGUCGGUUUAAGUGUUAGUUUCUAAAUGAGCGAGCGAACGAGGGGCAAACUAAAUAUAUAUAUAUAUUAUGAAUGCUACAAAAUGAUAUAUACUUACUAUUUAUAUUUCUAUAUAUACAUCUAUAUAUAUAUAUACACGAUAUUACAGAGCAGUCAAUGGUUUUUUGGUUCCAGUUCGAGAGGGAGAGAGAGAGAGGCAGGUGUCGCGUGUCAGGCAGGAUGCUGAUUAACUAAUUAUCGUUUCUGAGGCAGUGUUUUCUGUUCCAACCUUCGUACCGCCGAGCAAUGCAACAACUGAUUUCCAGUGUCCAGUAUCACCCAGAGUUAUGUUUAAAUACGAAUAUGUGUGUGCCAAAACGUAUUAUUCUAGUCAUAUGUAUGUGAAUACCAGCGCGUUAUGUUAUUUUCCAUAUGUUGAUUGUUGCCUAAUUUCUAGUACUCAAGCAAUCCGCAAUGCAGUGUGCAAUACUCUUAUAGCUCGGUUACUCGUGUAUCUAUGAUUUGACUAAUUUAGCCAUAAGUUCGUAGCCCCCGAUUUGUUGGCCAUUUGGCGCAUAAACGGCUUUUGUAAAUAUACCAAAUAUAUGAUGAAGAUGCGACACGACACAUAUGACAUGAUGUAUACAAGUCGAUAUGAUUUUAUUUGCAAUACAACUUUUAAGCUAAGAUUUCAACUUCACAUAGAGACCGCCACUCCACAUACAUAAACGACGUACAUAGCAAUGUAUUUUGAUGCUUCCGUAGCAGUAACAAAAAAAGAAAAUAAAAGAACAAACCAACCAAACUACCAAAAAUCAACAAAAUUCCAAGAUAAUCGCAGCACUCGGGCACCGUUCACACUGGCAUUCGAAGAGGUCGUAGUGCAACAUCGCUGAGUGUCGAUCGCUUCCGUUUUGUUGUGUAUAAAUAAGAAGGAACGCCCUUCUAGUGGGUCUGCGGCUUACUCUAACCGAACCCUGUACUCCAACUAGAGGCGCUCCCUAUCUACGGCACCCUAAUAUCUGAUUAAUUCAAUUAGUACAGAGCGAAUACGUAACGAGAAAUUAACAAGCAGAAACCGCAACAACAAGCGAAACAAACGAAAUGUAUUUAAUAAAAAUAAAUAUGAAAAUUUCCAAAACAAAAGA